GACGACUCCAUUCCUUUCAACGUCGUCAAGAGUGACGAGACCUAACCGCCAAGAAAUCGAUUUUGCCGCUCACCUCUGGAAUUCAGCAUUUCGGUCGUUUCUGUUUUACAUAAACGAAGAUGGAUGAUAGCGUGUCCCAUGUCUUGCUGGAGCGCACAUUGGCUUGGAUUAACCGCGUGGUGGCUAAGUUCAAGCAGGGUUUGGAAGGAGGCGAGUGGAAGGAUGAAGUUUCUGAUGAGGAGGCUGUUAAUCUCAGCAAGGAUAUCUCCAGUUUAUGUCCCCUGUAUGGUCCUAAGCUCUAUCUGUUUUAUGAACGGCUCUAUGGAACAUACUACAAGCAUAGUGUGUUACCAUGUGUAAAGAACAAGCAAGGGGAAGAAAUGCUUCGUGAGCUUUGCCAUAGGUGGAACAAUCACCAGCAUAUGGUUUCAUACCUCGCCAAGUUUUUUGGCGGUCUUCAAAAGUUUGUUCCGGAGCUUUCGUUUACGUCAGAUGAAGUUUGCUUGGCUUCUCAGGUUCUCUCCAAAAGGAAAAGAGCUGGAAAAUAUAAAGCUUCAUUGGAAGAGGUUGCCAUGGUGACUUUCCGAGAUCAAGUUCUCAUAGCUUCUGAAGCCACAACGGCCCUUAUCAAGAUGAUAACUGAUCAACGCGAUGGAGUUGGGAUUGAUCAGAAGUUACUGAGUAGAGUGUGUGACCUUUAUGUUCUGAGUGGGCUAGGAAGUGAAGAAGUAUACGAAAUGAACUUUGAGAGCUACUUUCUUUAUGAAACGCAAUCUUACUAUUCGGGAAAGGCGUCAAGCUGGAUAGCAGAUGAUUCGUUCCCUGAUUACUUGUUGAAAGUUGAGAAGUCUCUGAAAAACGAGAAGGAGAGAGUCGCUCCCUACCUUCAUUCAAGCACCGAGCCUAAACUAGUUGAUGUUGUGCACAAGGCAUUGCUGGUUUCUGUUCAAGAUCAGCUUCUCGAAAAGGAGAACUCAGGUUGCCGUUCAUUUCUAAGUAAAGACCAGAAGGAUAAUCUCUCCAGGAUUUUCAGAGUUUAUCGUGCAUUUCCCAAAAGGUUGAAGACUUUUGCUGACUUCUUCAAGCUUCAUAUUACUGAAGAAAUGAACUCCCUUAUAGAACAAGCCGAACACGCACUCAACAGUGGUCGUAGCGUGAAGGACGAGGUGCUUUUCAGAGAGAUAGCUGAUCUACAUGAUAAGUACAUGGAAUAUGUCAGGGACUGUUUUCAUUACCGCUCUCGCUUCCACAAUGCGUUCAAAGAAGCUUUUGCAACACUGGGUGGAAGCUUAAUUGCAGAACGACUUGCAACCUUUUGCGACAAUAAGGCAGGAGUGAAUGAUCUCCCAAACCUGUACAAGAUUUAUGAUACAGCUUCCCUCUCGUUGGAACCUGUUGCAGAAGCCUUCAAGCGUCAUGUUACUGCACAAGUGAAAGCCUGUAUACAAAAAGCCAUAGACGCACUUAGCAGUGGUGGUAGCGUGGAGGACGAGGUGCUUGUCAGAGAGAUAGGUGAUCUACACGAUAAGUACAUUGAACAUGUCAGGGACUAUUUUCAGUACCACCGCCUCUUCCACAGUGCGUUCAAAAAAGCUUUUGAAAUCUGCUGUAAAAUGACACUGGGUGGAAGCUCAAUUGCAGAACGACUUGCAACCUUUUGCGACAGUAAGGCAGGAGUGAAUGAUCUCCCAAAGGUGUACAAGAUUUAUGAUACAGCUUCCCUCUCGUUGGAACCUGUUGCAGAAGCCUUCGAGCUUCAUGUUACUGCACGAGUGAAAGCCUGUAUACAAAAAGUCAAAGACGCAGAGGCGCUUGUCAAAGAAAUAAUUAAACUACACGGUGAACACAUGGACUAUGUCGGGAAAUUUCUCGAGAACCACUCCCUCUUCCUCAAUGCGCUGAAAGACGCUUUUAAAAUCUUCUGUAAUGAAGAAGUUGAUGGAGGAAGUUCAAGUGCAGUAACCUAUUGCGAAAACCUUCUCAAGAAGGCAGAGAUGGAUGAUAUCUCAACGGUGUACACGCUUUAUCAUGUAAUCUCCAAAGGGUUGGAACCUGUUGCAAAAUCCUUCGAGCUUCAUGUCACUGCACAAGGGAACUCUCUUAUCAAACAAACAGUCGACGGGAUUACUAGUGGUUGUAGCGUCAAGGAGAAACAGGUGCUUGUCAUCAGAGAUUUAAUUGACCUACACGAUAAAUACAUGGUCUAUGUCACCGGCUGGGUUCAUGACCUCACCCUCUUCCACAAGGCGUUCAAUGAUGCUUUUAGGCUCUUAUGUAGCAAGACAGUGGGUGGAAGCUCAAUGCCUGAACUACUUGCAAUCUUUUGCGACGAUCUUCUCAAGAAGGCAAGGAAUGGCAAAUCGAAUGAUGACUCUACUAUUGAAUCUACCAUUGACACUGUGGUUAAGUUGCUUGACUUUAUAGACGACAGAGACGUUUUCGCCGAGUUUCAUAGGAAGAAGCUAGCCGGUAGGCUCUUAGUUGAUCGCAAUGUCAGUGACGAGAGUAUAAUUACAAAGCUCAAAGGACGUUUCGGUUCGAGCUUAACCUACAAGAUGGAGAACAUGGUGUUGGAUAUGGAACUGGUAAAAGAAAGACAGCUGGGGUUCAAGGCAUAUAUGGGCGAUGCUGGAAUGCUUGAUUUGAGUGUCAAUGUCUUGAACAAAGGCUUUUGGCCUGGUUUCAAGACGUCAAGUGUCAAUCUUCCGUGUGAAAUGUCCCAGUGCAUUGGAGCUUUCAGUGCAUAUUUUGGAACCAUUACCCGUGGUAGGAAGCUUGAGUGGAUCUAUAGUGAGGGAACGUGCCUUGUUAAGGGUACAUUUUAUUCUGGACCUAUCGACCUUAUUGUUACAACGUUACAGGCUAUUGUGCUCUGUGCUUUCAACAGCACAGAAACAUUAAGCUACCAGGAGCUCAUCGAACAAGUUAAGCUUAGCAAAGAAGAUCUUAUCAGCGUGCUUCAUUCACUCUCGUGCUCCAAAUACGUGAUUCUUAAGAAAGAGCCAGCCUCAAAGACCAUCGCUGAAACGGAUGCGUUCCAGUUCAACUCCGAGUUCACGUCUACAAGUCGUAGAAUCAGGGUCAGUGUUCCUUCUCUUCCUCUUCCUCCAGCGUGUGAAAGGGAGAAAGUUGCUCAAGAUGUUGAUAGAGAUAGAAGAUACGUGAUUGAUGCUUCUCUUACGCGGAUCAUGAAGAGCAGGAAAGUGCUUCCCCACCAACAGUUAAUCUCUGAAUGUGUUGAGCAACUUAGCCGAACGUUCAAGCCUGAUAGAGCGAUGAUCAAGAAACGUAUUGAGGAUCUGAUCAUCAGAGAUUACUUGGUGAGGGAUACCGAGGAUCCUAACAAGUACAAAUACGUUGCUUGAUGUUAGGCUGCAAAUCCAUGUGUUACUAUACUUUCAAAUACGUUGCCUGAUGUUAGUAUUCUACUCAUUACUACUGUUCUAUCUGGUGUUUCAAAUUUUGGAUCGCUACUGAUGUUUCUUUUAAUGCGUAUUCUCGCAAUUUAGACUCUGAUCUGAAAAGAACAUACGAGCUUAC